GACAACAACAAAGCGACAUCUGGCAACUCAAGUGAAUGUAUAUAAACUCCGUGCAACCCCGAAGAGCUCCAGUCUCUCGCUAGCCGUUACAGAGUCAACAUCAUUCAAGAUGCUGUGGUUUGUGUUAAUGACGCUGUUAUCGGUCACGUUAGCCGACCCUAAAAGUUCACCUGAUUAUGGACCACCUCGUCCAUGUUAUCCCAGUACUGUAUAUGUAAAUCAGAUUGAUACAGUGAUCCAAGAGGUGCCGGUAUAUGAUGUGGCUUACGAUACUGAGAUAGUUCAGGAACCUAACGUGAACUAUGUGGCGAACACCGUCUUCAGCAGCAGUACUACUGUUGUCCGAGUCCCUGAAGAAGUCACCACAACAUAUUUUCAGGAAAUACUUGAAUAUGUCACCCAAACCCAGACAUCAGUAGAAACAGUCUUCACUACAGAAGUCGUUGAGGAGACAGAGUACACGCCCAUUUACUCAACAGUCACAUCCAUUCAGAACGUCAUCAAUACAGUUUAUGACACGGUUGAAGUCGUCACCACCCAAUAUGACAUACAGGUUAUCCCUAGCAUAGACGUGAGAUACCAAACGAUUUAUUCAGAUGCUUACGUACCUCAGAUUGUGAAGGAGACCAAGACUGUCUAUGACCAACACACUUAUUGUCCAACCCGAGGCUAUGGCAAGAGUUACUAAAUCCACACACACAUAUUAAAGUAAAAUCUCUAAUGGACUAUAGAGAGCAAUGUCAGUUAUAGAGAGGUGAAAGUCCGCUAUAUAGAGGUGAAAGUCUGCUAUAUAGAGGUGAAAGUCCGCUAUAUAGAGGUGAAAGUCCGUUGUAUAGAGGUGAAAGUCCGCUAUAUAGAGGUGAAAGUCCGCUAUAUAGAGGUGAAAGUCCGCUAUAUAGAGGUGAAAGUGCUAUAGGUGAAAGUCUGCUAUAUAGAGGUGAAAGUCCGCUAUAUAGAGGUGAAAGUCCGCUAUAUAAUAGUGAAAGUCCGCUAUAUAGGGGUGAAAGUCCGUUGUAUAGAGGUGAAAGUCCGUUAUAUGGAGGUUAAAGUUCGUUAUAUGGAAGUUUCACUAUAUAUCAUUGUAAAAAUUUCACUUUAGCUACAAUGAUUUAAAUACUAUGAUCAUUGACCCUGUAACUAAACAUUUCCUUUAGAUCUAUGAAAGAAACCGUAAUCCCUCUCAAUACCGGACUUCUCGAUAUUGUAAUCCCUCUUAAUACCGGAUUUCUCGAUGCUGUAAUCCCUCUCAAUACUGGACUUCUCGGUGCGAUAAUUCCUUUCAAUACCGAACUUCUAGGUACGGUAAUCCCUCUCAAUACAGGACUUCUCGAUACGGUAAUCCCUCUCAAUACCGGACUUCUCGAUAUACCAAUCCAUCUCGAUAACGGCUUUAUCAAUACAGUAAUUGAUAUAAUAAACCAUUUAAAUACCGAACUUCUCAACACAGUAAACCUCUUAAUAACGGACAUCUCAAUAUAGUAAUGGAUACAGUAAACCCUCUCAAUACCGGAUUUUUCAAUAGCGGAUAUUCUUAAUAACGGAAUUCUCUCAAUAAGGGACAGGGCUUGUAGGAAUCAAUCCGGUAUUAGGAGGGGUUAUUGUGGAGUUUGUGAUUGUCGAAUCUUUUGACUGUAUUCCUAAUCUUUAAUUCCCCUUAUUUAUUACGCUAUUUUCCUUCCAAUCUGACAUUAUGGUUAGUAUGUUUAACCUCUGGCCAAUAACAAUCCCCCGUAGUAAAUCAGUUUCCAAUCAUCAUCUAAUCUUUUAAGAAUAUUUGGUAACCAUUAGGUAAUCUCAACCAGUUAUGUGUUCCUUUAUUGUCAUCCACGUGUAUUUAUUUUCACAAUACACAAUCCCCGAAUCACCUAAUCAGAAGGAUGAUUCACAAUACACAAUCCCCGAAUCACCUAAUCAGAAGGAUGAUUCACAAUACACAAUCCUUGAAUUAUCCAAUCUCAAGAGUGAUGCAUAAUUUCAAUCACAGUUUCAAUACAAGUUAUAAGAACAAAUGAGUUUAUAUAAUAUUCCUUAUAUUUUAUAUAUUAAUAUAAUUACAUAUAUAGUUAAUAUGUAGCUCUGUAUAAGGUUUGUAAAGGUUUAUUUUAUUAAAAGAAAUAUUCACUAUA